AUGCGUCGACCAUUCAAGAUGAGGUCGUUAACGCUGCUGGCCUUCUUGGGCUGCCUCUGUGUGUCUUUGGUUCUAGCGGACGACUCAGUUGCCAUUCGACAAAAGCGAAGCCCUGCUCCGUUCUUCUUCAACAAGGGUCACGACCACCACGAACCAAAGUGCGUCUGGGAGAAGAAGUUGGCCUGGAAGGAGGACUGGAAGAAGGUCUGGGAGUCGAAAAAGGUGGAGGUGUGGAAGUCCGAGUGGAAAAAGCAACAGAUCCCGGUCUGGAAGGUGGUGGAAGUUCCGAUCUGGCGCGAAGUAAAGGUGCCAGAUUGGAAGAUCAUCAAGAAACCGUACUGGAAGGAAACGGAAAUUCCAGCCUGGAAGGAGGUACAGGUGCCGGAUUGGAAGAAGGUUAACAAACCAAUCUGGCGCGAGGUGCAGGUUCCCGUCUGGAAGGAGGUACAGGUACCAGAAUGGAAACAGAUUUGGGUUCCAGACACGGUCAAGGUUGGCAUUCCUGGCGAGAAGUACCUAGGCAAGGACGAGCACGGUUGGGAGUACACGAGCCAUGAUCUGUGGAAGAAGAAAAUGGUCUGGAAGCCCCUGUGGAAGAAGGUCUGGAAGACGGUCAAGAAAGAGGAAUGGAAAACCGAGAAGAAGCUCGAAUGGAAGGAAGAGUGGGUGCAGGUGUGGCGUACCGAGAAGAAGCAGAUCUGGGUGAAGAAGAAGGAAGAACUGUGGAAGGAGGAGAAGGUCGAGAUCUGGCGCAUCGAGAAGAAACAGGAGUGGGCGACUGAGAAGAAGCUCGAAUGGAAGGAAGACUGGAAAGAGAUUAAGGUCCCAGCCUGGAAGGAAAUUCAGGUCCCUGCCUGGAAGAAAGUGUGGAAACCGGUCUGGGAGAAGGCCUGCGUACCAGUCAGCCACGGAUGGCAUUAG